GUUAACAAAACAAUAAAAAAAAAGUGUUUAUUUUUGGAGCCUCGCCUUUUUUUUGUAAACGUCACUUCCUGUGUCUUGCGCUCUUCCGUCCGUCGCGCGCAUCUUUAGGCCUCUUUACGACUCGGCAGGCAAAGAUGGCGGAUGCACAAACCGAGAGGGCUUAUCAGAAGCAGCCCACCAUCUUCCAGAACAAGAAGCGUGUUCUGGUCGCUGAUGGUGCCAAGGAGGUGAAGGAGAAGCUCCCACGCUACCACAAGAGUGUGGGUCUGGGCUUCAAAACCCCAAGAGAGGCUAUUGACGGCACUUACAUUGACAAGAAAUGCCCCUUCACUGGUAAUGUCUCCAUUCGUGGCCGUAUCCUCUCUGGUGUGGUGACCAAAAUGAAGAUGCAGAGGACCAUCGUUAUCCGACGUGACUACCUGCAUUACAUCCGCAAAUACAACCGCUUUGAGAAGAGGCACAAGAACAUCUCUGUCCACCUGUCUCCUUGCUUCAGAGACGUCACAGUUGGCGACAUCGUCACCGUCGGAGAGUGCCGACCACUCAGCAAGACCGUGCGGUUCAACGUCCUCAAAGUGACGAAGGCUGCUGGAGCCAAGAAGCAGUUCCAGAAGUUUUAGGUGUGACUGUGAACAGGCUGCCGCUGCGAGCAACUUGUACCACUGUCAAAAUAAAAAAAUCCUUGUUUAAAUU